CUUCCCUGGCAAAACAAAACGUACAAAACUGUGUAAAAGUCAUCCUACAAUCCAAAUCCGAUCGAAUCCACAUUCUUUUUUCCUUUCGUUUUGUCCGUCGGAAUCGAAGAUUUCUGCGUGUUUCUGGGACACACAUUUCACUACGCUUUCAGACAUAUAUUCACAUAGUUGGUAAAACUUCUUAAUGUUAUUGCAAUGUCAGUGUUAGUGCUGUCAAGGCCCCUGUGUGGAUUGACGAGACAAUUUGUUCAAUGCCGCUUUCGUGUGGCGAAAAAAGAACGGAAGCCGGUCCGCGUACCUCCAAAGAAGCCCCUAAGUGGAUACCAACUGUUCACGAAAGAGUGCUUAUCAACGGUUGUGAAAGAGUAUCCCGAUAUCAAGCUUUCCUCUGAACGGAUGAAAAUCGCAGCUUCGAGAUGGAACGCUACUGACAGUGAUACGAAACGAAAGUACACGGAACUUGCUGAACAAGGAAAGGAGACAUACUGCAAAGAGCGAGAUGCGUUCAUGGCUUCGCUGUCCGAAGAAGAACUGAUAUUGAUAAAGGAAUCUGCCUCGGAGAGGCAGGAAGGUCGGCGGCAGCGCAAGUUUCGUGCUAAACUUAAGGAGCUGGAAAAACCAAAAGGUCCAAGGACAGCAUUCAACUUUUACUGUAAAGUGAAGGCAGGAGACACGCUGAUAACAGAUAAGAUUAAGGAAAUUGCUGAAAGCUGGAAAGGGCUGUCCGAAGAAGAGAAACAAGUCUUUAUUGUGCAGGCAGAAGAAGACAAAGUGAGGUAUGAGGAACAGAUGGUCGACUGGGAAGCGAAAAUGGAAAAAUCUGGCCAUCACGACAUCCUGGAGCAGUUUUACAAAAUGAGGCACCCGGCAUAUUUACGUAGUGCCAAAGAGAACAAGAUAUUAAACCAGAAGAGGUCAACAUGACACUCACUGUAUUCCUUAGACGUAUCAUGGACAUGACAUGACCGUUACAUCAAUAUAAUGUUAUAGUAUUUACUACGCCACAA